ACACUGGAGCCAUCAAAAUAUCUCCGCCACAAGAAAACACUACAAAUCCAGCAAACUGGCCAAACGGAUCAUUAGAAUACUAGAUAGCCAUCGCCGCCAUGGAUGAUCAUCAAGAGGAGGGGCCGGAGAAGGUGAAGCUUUUCGGCAUGUGGGCGAGCCCCUACGCGCUCAAGGUGAGAUGGGCGCUGAGCAUCAAGGGCGUGGAGUACGAGUACGUGGAGGAGGACCUGAGGAACAAGAGCAGCGACCUCCUGGAGCACAACCCCGUGCACAAGAAGGUCCCCGUGCUGCUCUACCGCGGCAGACCGGUGGCGGAGUCCGACGUCAUCGUCGAGUUCGUUGAUGAGGCGUGGAGCCACCGCGGCGGCCGCAUCCUCCCUGACGACCCCUACCAGCGCGCCAUGGCCCGCUUCUGGGUGAGGUUCGUGCAUGACAAGCUCUCGCCGCCGAUCUGGAAGUGGUUCACGGCGGCGCCAGGCGAGGGGCAGGAGGCCGCGCUGGGGGCCGCCGUGGAGCAGCUGCAGGUCCUGGAGGACUUGCUCGCCGUCGGCGGCAAGGAGUUCUUCGCCGGGGAGAGCGUCGGGCUCGUCGACCUGUCGCUGGGCGCGAUGGCAUACGUGGUCCCGAUGUACGAGGAGAUCAUCGGCGUGAGGCUGGUCACCGAGGAGAGGUUCCCGUCUCUGUCGGCGUGGAUGGGCCGAUUCUUGGACUCGCCGCCGGUGAAGGAUCACCCGCCGCCAGUGGAGAGGCUGAAACCCAGUUUCUGCCUGCCAGGGCCGGUGGUAUUGUUACUCCUUUGCAUGGUGAUGAACAUGAAAUUACUCGAUCCGCCAUUGGAGGAGGAACCAUCGGGGGAGGGAUCUGCGGGAGGAGGCUGUGUCGGCGGCGGGGUCGCACAUGGACUUGCGGGACUUGAGGAGUCGUGCGUGAUAUCGCUCAUAUCAUCAUGCGCGGACCUAUGCGAGGGAAGCGGAAGUUCCACCAAUUUAGGGAAUCGCUGAUUUACCGCAUGUAAUGUUCGCAUGUACAGGUCUGUUGCAUCAAAAUUUGCCUAGAAUCA